AUGCGAGUUGCCCUCUCCCAGCAAGACGUCUUCGUCGGCGGCUACCACAGUGCUCACCGCCGCGGCGAGGUGAGCCACGGCAUCCUUGCGCUCGUCUCCAUCAUCUGCGGCGGCGGCUCGCUCUCCAUACCGUGGGCGAUGGCCAAGAGCGGCCUCGCACUCGGCCUCGCGAUCCUGACCGCGUCCGCGACGCUGAGCGGGAUGGGCGUGCACUUCCUUCUCGGCGGAGCACGCCGCGCCGGCGGGCUGCGCACGUUCGACGAGGUGCUCGAGGCGGCACUUGGGCCUUGGGCGCGGGCGCUGACCGUGUGGUCGGUCGUCAUCACGUGUUUCCUCACGCUCGUCGCCAACUCGCUCCUCCUCCGCCAGCUGGCGGCGCCGCUCGCCUCCCAGUUUGUGCUGGGCCGGCCGAUGGCGCGGUCGGAGCAGGUCCUGCUCGGCUCGUGCCUCGUCCUUGCGGUGGUGCCUCUCACCUUCAUGACGACCCUCAACUCGCUGCGGCACGUGUCGCUCCUCUCCGUCACGAGUGUGGUCGGCCUCGUCGGCGUGCUCGCCUACGAGGGCCUCUCCUGCCCCGCGCCCCCCGAGAGCCUGACCAGCAACCAAUCGGCGGCGCAUGACCACGAUGGUGGUCGGCUCUCGCCGCUGCUCGGGGCGCGGCUCCUGGGCAGCGAGGCGGCCGCCGACGCGGACGGCGCCGACCACGGCGAUUACGACUCCUGCGGCUCGAGCGUGGGCGGCUCGAGCGUCGGGGAGGUGUUCCGGGUGAAAGAGGAGGUGGGUGACCUGCCGCUCGCCACGCGCGUCGUCCUCUCCUCCUGCAUCAUGGGCCUCUCGCUCGCCUGCACCGCCAGCGUGGACGACGUGUCCGUCGUGUGGGGCUUCCUCGGCUCGACGUGCGGCGUGCUGCUCUCGUACGUCCUUCCCGCGGCGUCGUACCUGCUGCUGCGGCGCGUGCCCACGCGGACCGCCCAGUCGUCCUCCGUGCCCAGACGCAAGCUCGCGGCGGCACUGUUGCUCGCCAUCGGGCUGGUGCUGAUCCCGGUCUGCGUGUACAACACCGUCGUCACGAGCCUCUGA